AUGGUGAGUGGCAGCGGCGCCGGGGCCUUGGCGUUAGCCGCUGCCAAUUUGAAUGCGGUAAGGGAGACCAUGGACGUUAAUCUUGAGAUUUCAAGAAUUUUGAAUACUGGCUUAGAUAUGGAAAAGCUGUCUAUUUGUGUACGUCUUUGUGAACAAGGAAUUAUCCCAGAAGCUUUAUCAUCUGGUAUUAAGGAACUUCGCAAGGUUACUGAAGCACUAAAGGCUCCUGAAAAUAUGACAAGCUAUCUGGAGACAUCCUAA